UCAACUGCACGUUGCAGCCAACCUUUGUACUUGACACCGCCUGCCAGCGCCCUGCGAUACCCCACAACUCUCACCUUCCCUGCCGGCAUAUUACACAGAUACCCCAACCCUUUCCACUCGCAACUCCAACCACUCCGCCAAAAUGAACCCCGAAUACGAUUACCUCUUCAAGCUGCUCCUCAUCGGUGAUUCUGGUGUCGGAAAGUCCUGCUUGCUGCUGCGAUUCGCCGACGACACAUAUACAGAGAGCUACAUCUCCACUAUCGGUGUCGAUUUCAAAAUCAGGACUAUCGAACUCGACGGCAAGACCGUCAAGCUGCAGAUUUGGGAUACCGCCGGUCAGGAGCGUUUCCGCACCAUCACAUCCUCGUACUACCGCGGUGCCCACGGCAUCUGCGUCGUCUACGAUGUCACCGACAUGGACUCGUUCAACAACGUGAAGCAGUGGCUCCAGGAGAUCGACCGCUACGCCACCGAGGGUGUCAACAAGCUGCUGGUCGGCAACAAGUCCGAUAUGGCGGACAAGAAGGUUGUUGAGUACACCGUUGCAAAGGAGUUCGCAGACAGCCUCGGCAUUCCAUUCCUCGAGACUUCUGCAAAGAGCGCCACCAACGUCGAGCAGGCUUUCUUGACCAUGGCCCGCCAGAUCAAGGAGCGCAUGGGUACCACAACCGCCAACACCAAGCCCACAGUCCCCAUCGGGCAGGGUCAGGGUGUGCAGAGCGGCUCCGGCGGCGGCUGCUGCUAGACGAGUCGAGGAGAAGAGAGGUGAAGUUGUGUUUGAAGCCUUGGAAUCAAUCGUCCAGGCUCGCAAGAUACAGACGAGACGAGCGAUAUAUGAGUUUCAGGCGCAGAUGUUUUGUGCGGUUGCGACAUUUGAUAUGGUAACUUAAUGCUCAUGGUCACGGUUUCCUUUCGACGAACUGGCCCACGAAGUACGAACUACGCCGCUCACCUCUCCCUUGUGUGCCAAGUCCCUCUGCAUGGC